UAGCCGUUAACGCAGGUUAGCUACACUAUUAGCUUAGGUUUUUGUGUGUAUUGUUUGCGUUUGGUUACGGUUUAUAGCAGUUUUUGUUGGAAUUAUAUAAUAAUGUAACUUCGUGUUUUUCCUGUUUGUUUUAUUUGUACUUUUAAAAUUCAUUUUAAAGCAUUUUGUUCCAUUUCUGUCCGCUGCUAAGUCACCUGCUCACCGAAACACAGAUCGGCGUAGAUGCGGAUCGAGCGCACAGGUCUGGCAGCGCGUCCCGGUUGGACGAUGAACGAGAUGAAGUCGGAGCCUCUGGACUUUGUGAGAGAUUUUCAGGAGUACCUCGAUCAGCAGACACAUCAUGUAAACGCGCUCUCGUCUUCUGUGAACGGGGACAAAAGUGAUGAGGAGCUGCAGGCAGGUGAGUGUGAGAUAGAACACAAUGCAAUGGAUCACCUGGCGUCUAUAGAGGUACGUCUGGACACGGACGGAUUUGAGAGGACGCGAGACGGAAAAUUUAGGUGUCGCUUCUGCAAUUACGCCAGCAAGGGGCAGGCUAGAGUCAUCGAGCACAUGCGCAUACACACAGGAGAGAAGCCUCACCGUUGUCAGCUCUGUCCGUUCUCCUCGGCGUACGAGCGACAGCUGGAAGCACACAUGCGCUCACACACGGGUGAGAAACCGUACAAGUGCGACCUCUGUCCGUUCCGCUGUAACGACCGGAGCAACCUGUCUCACCAUCGCCGCCGCAGACACAAACUCCGCCCCCUGUCCAACGCAGCUUCGACACAGACCAAACAGGAACCGGUGAUCAUCUCAGAUGACAAGCCUCGCCCUCUUUCUCGCCAGGCAGCCAAUCAGGAGCAAGACAGCGGCGACGGGUUGCGUCCCAGUACACCGAAUCAGGCUAUGGAGGGUUACGAAAAGGAGGUCAAAGGUCGCGCUCUGACUCCGCCCUCACAAGACCCUACCGCAGACAGGCUCCUGAGCCUGGAGUCGUCCCCGGCGCAGCCCAAUGCGCAGACGCUGUUCUUCUGCCCGCAUUGCCAGAUUUAUUUCCUCGAUAACGUGCUGUACACCGUGCAUAUGGGUUGCCAUGGUUACGACCAGCCGUUUCAGUGUAACGUCUGCGGCGUGCACUGCAGCGACAAGUACGACUUCACGUGUCACUUCGCUCAGGGACAGCACCGCAAGUGACACCCGCGCACACGUCUGUCUCCCAGAAAAAACAAACAUUUUUAGGCAUCCAUAUACACAGACACGCCCACUUUCUCUUCUAUGGUCUUCAAGCCACACCCCCUCCCUGAGCUGUUCUCAAUAUAUUUAUUAGUUAUCGUUUCAGGGACUCAAAGCCACACCCACCUUCAGUCGUACUCAUUUAAGUUCUCUUCAUGUAAAGACCACACCCUCUUUCUAUUCUAUGUAGUUUAAGCCACGCCCACAGAGAGCUCUUUCAAUUAUUUUAGUGACAUGCCCACAUCACUUUUUUAUGGUAUUUUAACACCACAUCCACUCAAGCAUUCAUAUUUGUAUGAAAUGUGAAGGACACACCCACUUUUCCUUUUAUGGUCCAGUAUUGCGUGUGAAGGACACGCCCACAUGGAACAUGAUGAUCUCAGUGGUUAAGAUGUGAUCUUAAGGUCCCAAGUUUAUACCCAAGUAGGUUUGGAUUCAUCACAUCCAUAUUUCAUCCAUAAGUCCUCUAACUGUCCCAUGCAUUAUAUAAUUUAAAGGCCACCCCCAUUUUUCCACCAUUUAUUUUAUAGUCUUAAAGCUACACCCACUCAGAACUCCGAGCCACUCUUAUUGCCGUUACAGUAAUUUGAAGACACGCCCUCAUUUUUUCUCAUCUGAAAGCCACGCCCACAUACAAUUAGCUCAUUUAUAGUUUAAUGACACCCACUUUCUGUUCUAAGACAUUACACAAAACUACAGUUUCACCAGUACUCCGUUAGGAGCUGCGUUUAUUUAUUAUUAUUUUUUUUACUAUAUAGUAAAUAUUAAAAAAGACCAUGCCCCCUCAGAGACUAUUGCUUCUGUUUAAAGAAUUUUACUGUUUAUGGAUUUUAAACCACACCCAAAAACUAUUAAUAAUAAUUAUAAAAAUUUAUAGAAAUAUAAACCAACUUUAUUAGCCUGUAAUUAGAAUCUGGAUUUUAACUGUUUCUCAUAACUAUUGCAAUAUUUAUAAUAA